UAGAAAUAUCAUACUAAGAAUCAUUGAUAGUUACUUAUUUUCAGUAUUAAAAAUACUGGAUAAUAAGUAAUUAUCAAUGAUUCUUAGUAUGAUAUUUCUAUAAGGGCCUAGGGUCUUAAAAAUAAGAAGCAGUAGGCCUUAUAGCGAGGAAAAAUUUUUAAAGUCGAUUUGAGCGCCUUUUGUGUAGCGCGCUACUGUGCCGAUUUAGGAGUCGGACAUACGUUGUUUUAGACGCGACGGAAAUUUUCCUCUAUUUCGCACUACGCUCUUCGUGAACACGCUGAGGCCAAUUUGGUUGUCAGCUACACUUAUUUUUGAAUUUUCGCUAAAUUUUGAUAUAGGUUUUCUAUUAUGAUGCGAGGAAUAUCUGGUGUUGUGGUUCAAGGAAUCUUUGUAAUACUCAGUGUUAUGUUUGGAAUUCGAGAUAAAUAUUAUUAUUUAAUAGACCAUAUCACUACAAGUUCCUCGCAGGAAUUGGUGGUGAUCAUGCGCCGAUCACGUGAAUCGUGUCGAAUCCUCUUUUAGAAGAUUCGCGAUGACAAUAUAUUAUUUCUGAUUGUUGGGAAUCUUAGACAGUUUUCUGUUUAGAAUACUGCUUAGAAUACUAUUUAGAAUACUAGUGAAUAUUUUACUUCAGUUUUUAUUUUAAACUUUUUAACGAACAUGAGUGAAAAGAGAAAAGUGUAUGCUAGAAAAAAGGUACUAAGACUAACAGCUAUAAAAAGGAGUAAAAUAUCAAACAGACGUCUACAGAAUCGAUACGAAAAGGAAGAAAGUCCCGAGAACGUGAGCAUGCCUGCUCAAAAACUCAAUACAUCCAGGAACGACUAUGAUGUUGAAGUGAAUAAUGAAAUCGGGUAUUGUUUGAUAAACUUUCUCACUAUUUUUGCUGCUAUUGCUGAAGUGGUAUGUAAGAAAUGCGGAAAAGACGUAAAAUUUAGUGAAGCAAGUAAGCGCAGCUUGGGCUUCAAAAUUAUUGUUUCUUGCAAAGAAUGUGGACAAACUGCUAUAUCUAGCUGUCCUUAUGUUAAUAAUGGAUACGAAGUUAACCGUUGCAUAAUGCUCGCAAUGCGUUUAUUGGGUGUAGGUUUACAUGGUAUAAAUAAAUUUUGUGGAUUUAUGGAUCUUCCGCGACCGAUUUUCCAAUCAUUUUAUGAUAAAAUUAUUGCAAAACUCGCUACGGCUACAGCAGCAGUUCGUUUGGAAUGCACAAAAAAGCAGCUGAAGAAGAAAAGAGACUUUCUAAAAAAAAAUAAGCAGGUCGAUGGUUUUACGACGGUCGAUGUUUCUGGCGACGGAUCAUGGCGGUAAAGAGGAUUUUCAUCUUUGUACGGAUUAGUGACUCUUAUCGGUUGGUACACAGAAAAGUUGGUAUACAAAAAGUCAUCGACAUCGUAGUAAAAUCUAAGUACUGUAUAUCCUGUGAAUUUUGGAGUAAGAAAGAAGGUACAGCUGAAUACGAUGAGUGGGCGAAGACGUAUUCAAAUGAAUAUCAAAUUAAUCAUGACGGCUCAUCUGGUAAGAUGGAAGUUGAUUCCGUGAUCGAGAUGUUUCAGCGCUCCGAAACACUUCACAAUGUUAAAUACGUUAAUUAUAUCGACGAUGGCGGCAGCAAGACCUUCAAAGGAGUUUUAGAUGCUAAUCACUACAAACAUUUUGCAGUAAAAAAGAAAGAGUGCAUAGAUCACGUGCAGAAUGGGGACGCGCUUGCGAAAUUUAAAAAGAGGGACUCGGCGGUAAAGGUAAACUUACCGGUAAAUUAAUCGAUGAGUUAUCAAUCUACUACGGAUUAGCUAUUCGUCGCAAUCCUGACUCUAUGGAGAAGAUGAGAAACGAUAUAUGGGCGACGUUAUCAUAAACUUUCAAGUGAUGCGCAGCUGCAGCACGAGAAAUGCCCAGAAGGCGAGCAAUCGUGGUGCUCCUGGCAAUGAGCGAAAGCUGCCAAUACUUUACAUCAAUACGUGCAUAAACCACCUUUUCACCCAGAUGUUUUCACAGCUAUUAAGCCUAUAUAUGAAAACCUAAGCAGCGAUGAUUUGCUAAGUCGUUGCCUUGGAGAGUACACACAAAAUAAUAACGAAAGUUAUAAUAAUUGUGUGUGGAGCAUAGCUCUAAAAGCAUUCUCCAGCGGUAAAAUAGUACUUGAUAUCUCCGCAGAUAUUGUCACUUGCCAUUUUAAUGAUGGAUUCAAUGGUAUAAUGAAAAUAAUGCAAAUAUUAGGAGUUGAUGUGGGCCUAAUUUGUAAUAACUUCUGUGUACAAGCUGAUGCGCGCCGCGUCAAAUUUGUAGAGCGCAAGACGUUUGACGCAAAAGAUGCUCGGAGAGGUUCUAAAUCAACCAGGGAAGAAAAAGAGGAGACUAAUUUGGACUUGGAAGGGCAAUUGUAUGGAGCAGGCAUCGCAGAUUGAAGGUGUAACCGUUCAAGAAAUCUGCUAGCCGCGAAGGGCCGUAACGAAAAAGUGGCUGCGCACGAGAGGCUGUACACGCGCUAUUUUGGAUAAAAAAAUAAAAAAAAAAAUCAUUUUACAUACUUUAAUGUUUGUAGAAUAAAGUCCUUAAAAGAGAUUUUUCAUUUUAUUUUCUCACCUCUAAAAAUGUCGUUAAAAAUCAGGCUUAUUUUCCUACAGUGACUUAGUUUCUACAGUGGUUUUACCCCUUAAUCAAGCCGAUCCCUUUCUCUCCGAGACCCAUCGAGGCACGGUCGUG